AUGGAGAACGGCGCCUUGCCUGAUGACUUCGAAUACGUAUUUUCGGAAUCGCUCUCAUACUUCAAGAGUGCGGAGAUGCGUCAACUUGAUCAAAAUAUUGGUGACCUCGAUGCUUUCAUCAAAGAUGCGGAAACAUUGAUUGUUGCAGAAUUGGAGGACGAAAUCCUGGACCACGAAUCGGAGCUCCGUGAGACCUUCAUCGCCCUGGCCGAGCUGGAUUGCAUACUCUCCUUCGCUGGUGCUGCUGCAGACUUAGAUUUCGUGCGCCCGCGCGUUGUCUCGGCGUCUGAACAGUGCGUUGAGAUAAGCCGGGGCCGCCAUCCUUUGCAAGAAAUUGUUCUCGACACAGCAUUUGUACCCAACGAUACCACUAUGAACACGACAAGUCGUGUAACCGUAAUCACAGGCCCAAACUUUAGUGGCAAGAGUUGCUUUGCUCGCCAAGUCGGAGUACUCGUCUAUAUGGCACACAUUGGCUGUUUUCUCCCCUGCGAUGAAGCACGUAUUUCGCUGACAGAUCAAAUUUUCACACAAUUCAGCUCUACUGAAACAUGUGCUGUCCCUCAAAGCAGCUUCCAACUUGAUCUCAGCCGUAUGGGAGCUAUUCUCCGUCGAGCGAGUCAGCAUUCGCUGGUUUUGAUUGACGAAUUUGGGAAAGGUACAAGCCCGGCAUCAGGAAUCUCCCUACUCACGGCGGCUCUGCAAAAGUUGGUAUCUAAUCGCUCGAAAGUAAUCUGCACGACUCAUUUCCUAGAGAUCUUUUCAAUAGGAUUGCUUGUGGACUCUGAGAAUGGAAUUUCCGCGAUGCAUAUGACUGUGCAUGUCCCUGAGACGGCCAAUGAUAGUGCUGUCCCACUAUUCCGAAUGGAGCACGGGAUCGCAAAUUCGUCCGCUGGACUCGUUUGCGCGAAAAUGGCUGGCGUAAAAAAAGCCAUCGUCGAUCGCGCCUACGAGAUAAUUAAGGCAAUCAAGAAACGUCAAAAGGUCCAUCCGCUUGCUGAACUUUUGCGCAAUGAUAUACACAUGACUCUCGACUCGAAGCAUGCCAUCAGAUCCUUCGUCAGCACGAGUUGGAGGGAUGCUAGCGACGAUCAAAUUGAUGCAUUCUUUUCUAUAACUGAAAGGAUGUAG